UUUUUGUAGAUUUUCAUUUAAAAUAUAGUUAGGAAUCAAUCACAAAUUCCCUGAAAUUUUUAUUUUUGUUAAAAUAUAAGAAUUCUCUUCUAUCACCGUGCAUAUGAUUUGCGUUGCUUUGGGUAAUUCCUUGGGAGCCCGAUUGGGAAUCACUGGCGAUUGAAUUUUAUGGGUACGAUGUUCAGGGGGAACGGUGUAUGUCACAUGCAUAUCACACGUCAGAAUAAACGAACCGACGAAAUUCGUUCAGGGCUUGUCAAUUCUUUUUCCAUUUGAAGGUGGAUCGUCAACGGAAGAUCGACAGUGAAAUCGGUUUCGCAGGACCGAAGGCUCCAACGAAAGCUUCUCGAUAAUUCAAUUAAUUUAAUUACAAGUGGAAUAGAAUUUUCCCCUUGCUCGCCUUGUUUCCGGCAUUCUCGCUACUUUUUGGAACGCACGCACGCUCGCAAGAUAUUCUCUUUACGUGUAAUUCAAUUACUAUUAUUACUUAAUUGAAUAAAUAAGUCACGACUGGGUCGAGCCCGAGACGUGGCUUUCUCAUCAGACGAUAUUCGUACAGGAAUCGAUGCUCCGCAACUGAACUACCACGAAUCCGGUAAGAAAAAUUUCAUUAAAGAGAAAAGUGUGAUUGUAUAUCUGCGCGAGUAAUCUCUCAAGGAAUAUGAGAUGGCCAGACUCGUAGUGAAUGGAAUUAUUUAUUUUUGUGUACUGUGUAGUGUUAUCAGAGCUAACGAAAAUAAUGAUGACGAUGUCCAAGAUGUAGUAUCAGAAAUAGUAUAUAAAACUCCAGAAGUGUCUGGGUUCGCGUAUUUCGUAGAAACAUUUGAUGAUCUUGAAAAAUUCAAGAGGACAUGGGUUCCUUCAGAAGCUAAGAAAGAUUCUGUGGAUGAGGAUAUAGCGAAAUAUGAUGGAAUAUGGUCUGUAGAGGAGCCCAAGAAACACGCGCAAGAGGGCGACUUAGGAUUAGUGCUUAAGAGUAAAGCUAGACAUGCUGCGAUGUCCGCUGUAUUGUCUGAACCAUUCUAUUUUAAAGAUAAACCUUUAAUAGUACAAUACGAAGUGAAUUUCCAAGAAGGUCAAGAAUGUGGAGGAGCUUACUUAAAGCUACUUACAUUGGAUCCAGAACAUGCAGAUCUGAAGAAUUUUCAUGACAAAACUCCUUAUUCUAUAAUGUUCGGUCCUGACAAAUGUGGAAAUGAUCAUCAGUUACAUUUCAUAUUCCGGCAUAAAAAUCCUCUGAAUGGUUCCAUAGAGGAGAAACAUUGUAAAAAGCCCAGAGAACGUUUGGAAGACUUUUUUAAGGACAAACAACCUCACCUAUAUACCUUGAUUAUUCGUCCAGACAACAGCUUCGAAAUUAAAGUAGACAAUAAGGUUGUGAACUCUGGUUCACUACUGGAUGACUUCACUCCCCCUGUGAAUCCACCAUUGGAGAUAGAAGAUCCCACUGAUGUUCAGCCCGAGGACUGGGAUGACAGGGAAAAGAUUCCAGAUCUAUCAGCUGUUAAGCCAGAUGACUGGGAUGAAGAUGCCCCAGCACAAAUUGUAGACGAAGAUGAUAUAAUGCCUGAGGGAUGGCUCGAAGAUGAACCAACCAUGAUUCCUAAUCCUGAUUCCGUUAAGCCUGAAGAUUGGGAUGUUGAAAUGGAUGGAGAAUGGGAGCCUCCUGAUAUACCUAAUCCAAAAUGCGCAGAUGCACCAGGAUGCGGACCAUAUAAACAAAAGAUGAAGAAGAAUCCACGGUACAAAGGCAAAUGGUCACCGCCCUUAAUUAACAAUCCCAAUUACAAAGGGAAAUGGAAACCUAGGCUGAUACACAAUCCUAAUUACUUCAAUGACGAGCAUCCGUUCCAAAUGACGCCUAUCUUCGCUGUUGGUUUCGAACUCUGGUCUAUGUCCACGGACAUAUUCUUCGACAAUAUUAUAAUUACUGAUAACGAAGAAGUAGCAAAGAAAUGGGCCGACGAUACAUUUGAAGUACGUCGUGCCAGAAUCGCGGAAGAGAGUGUAACUUUAUGGGGUCGCAUUUUAAAAGCUACGAAUUAUAGACCAGGCUGGUGGGCGCUGUAUAUCUUGUACUGCGCGGUACCAGUUGUAUUAUAUAUUUGGUACUUACUGAAACGAUUUCGUGAGGAUAAAUACGAAUUAAAAGACGAAGAUAAACAGCCUCUAGAUAUAAAUGAAGAAACAGCCUUGCAACAGGAAGAAAAUGAAAAUCAAGCAGCUAGCAGUGAAACUGAGGAGAAAACUGAGGAGAAAAUUGAGGAGAAAACUGAAGAGAAAACUGAGGAAAAAACCGAGAUGACAGAGGAUGAAAUUGAGAAAGCAGUCGAUGAACCUGAUAAAAACGAAGGGACUGAAGAAAUAAUAGAAAGCGAAGAGAAUAGUAAGUCAGCGAUAGGUGAAGAUGGACCACGACGAAGAAAACCAAAUAAAGAAUAGAGCUUAUUGAAAUUUAAAUGGAA